GCCAAAGUGCGGCGUGACUAAGCAAGUUUUGCUAGAAGGCGUCAGAGCCCCACAAGCUCAUACACCUUUCCAAAUGUGCUUACUUCUUUUUGCAUGCUUACUUCUCUGUCCAGAUUCCUUCUUACCCUCGCACUUUCUAGGAUUAGUAACACUAAUUUAAUCCCCUUCACUUUCUAAGAUUCUUCUUCUCUGAUUUCCAUGUUGAUGCUACUACUUCUUUAAUCUAAUCUCUUCAUUUUCAACUAUUUGUACAGUAUACUUCAUUGCUUCACAUCACUCAGAUUCUGAGAUUUACUACUGUUUCAGAAAAUCUGAUUUUUCUUUUCAAUUACCCAAUUAGAUUUUGUUCUUGGUUUAUUGGAAUUCAACUGAAUUUUGAUUUGGGUAUCUCAAUUUUGGUCCUUUGAGGGAUAACUGAUUUCCUGGUUUUUGUGGAUUGCUGAACUUAUUGGGAGAAGUCUCUAUCUUGGUUUCUUUUUAUGAGUGGAUUGUCUAAAGUAGAGGUCUGGGGAUAUGGGGGCAGCGAGCUCUAAAAUAGAAGAUGAUAAAUCCUUGAAAUUAUGCCGUGAAAGGAAGAAAUUAAUUCGACUAGCUCUUGAUGGGAGGUGUGCCCUAGCUGCUGCUCAUUAUGCUUACAUCCAUUCUUUGAAGGCUACUGGAACGGCAGUAAGAAAAUUUGUGCAACCAGAUGGUCCAGUAGAGUCUUCCCUGUAUACUUCCAUCAGUGCCACUCCAGAACCACUUGCUUUGACAGAGAGGUCAUAUUCUCGUUUUUCAUAUCCUUCACCAUCAGUUUCACAACGUGUGGAGACUAAUGAACGUCUGGGUCCGUCUCCUUCACCUCCUACUGCGGGCCGGUAUCAGGCGCACCGUAUGAAUUUCAGGGGAAGCUUCAUUAGAAAAGUUGAAGAAAAGCCUCCAGUAGUUGUCACUGGGACUGUUACUUCAUUGAGCACACCACAAAAUUCCACUCCUCGGUCCAUUGAUAGAACAGAACACUCUCCAUCAGAAACUCCAACUCACCAGCCUGGAACUCCAUCCCAUCUACCUGAAAAUUCACCUUGGGAUUAUUUUGGGCUUUACCAUCCAAUUGACAAUCACUUGUCACCCGGUGAGCAAAGAGAUCUAGACCAUGAUUUUGGAAACAAUGAUAAGCUUAAACACAUUAAACAUGAUGAGGAAGUUCCUGAACUAGAAGAUGGUGAGGAGAAAAUCUUUUCUAGUGGAAGCGAAGAAUCUGAUUCCGAUGAAUUUGAUGAUCCCUCUUCUGAUACACUAGUACGAAGGUUUAAAAAUCUAAACCGGGAAGAAAGUAAUGGUGGAACAAGUACCUCUCCUACAGCGCAUAGUGCUGAAUCAGAGAAUGAAAUGUUUGAUGAAGAGAAAGUCAGCUCUCCUAAGUUGUCACCCUUGAAAACAAAAGCUUCAGAAGCUACAAUUACUCCUGCAACUAAGGUAACAUCAGAGAAAGAUGAUGAUAUUGAGCAUAAGAUUGCCCCUAAAGACUUUCUCUCUAGUAUGAGAGAAGUUGAAAGUCUUUUUGCUAGAGCUUCUGAAUCUGGGAAAGAAGUGCCGAGAAUGUUAGAAGCAACCAGAAUACAUUUUCGUCCCUUGUUGCCUGGGAAAGAGUCUGGUGCGUCAACAACAGCUACUUUACUCAAGGCUUGUUUUUCCUGUGGAGAAGAUCCAAGCCACGUUCAAGAAGAGCCUACUCAGUCCGCAAUGAAAUACUUGAUGUGGCAUCGAACUACAUCGUUCCACUCAUCAUCAUCCAGGAACUUUCUUGAUUCACAUGCAAGAGAAGAUGUUGGGGACUUUACAAGUGAUCUAUUUGAUAAUAUCUACAUGAAUUCUGGUAGUCAUGCUUCUACUUUAGAUAGACUUUUUGCCUGGGAGAGAAAGCUAUACGAUGAAGUUAAGGCUAGUCAGCUUGUCAGAAGGGAGUAUGACAUGAAAUGUAAGAUUUUGAGAGAACAAGAAUCUACGAGUGAAAGUCAUCAGAAGAUUGAUAAGACUCGUGCUGUUGUCAAGGAUUUGCAUUCUAGGAUUCGAGUUGCAAUCCACAGAAUCGAUUCAAUAUCAAGAAGAAUCGAAGAAUUGCGGGACAAAGAGUUGCAGCCACAACUUGAGGAAUUAAUUGAAGGAUUACGAAGAAUGUGGGGAGUGAUGUUUGAAUGCCACAAGCUACAGGUGCAUAUAGUUACUAUUGCAUUCAUAAAUGGAAACGUGAAACUAUCCUUACAAUCAGAAUCACGUCGUUACAUCACUCUCCAACUUGAAGACGAAUUGCACAAACUGUCCUUGAGUUUCACCAAAUGGAUCAAUGCUCUGAAGUCUUACAUCCAGGCAAUUAAUGAAUGGUUAAACAAAUGUGUCAUUGUUCAGGAGGCAUCUUCAAAGAAGCGAAGGUGGGGGCCUCCACCAGAGCGGAGAUUGAGGUCUGCAGGCCCUCCAAUAUAUACCAUCUGUGGUGCUUGGCAUGACUCACUCAAAGAUUUGCAAGUGACGGAAGUGGCAGAUAAAAUCAACGGAUUAGCAACCGAAAUAUCACACUUCAUUCCUCACCAAGAGAAAGUCCACGGGAAAAGGACCUUCAAAGAAACACCACCUGUGGUUGAAAUGCGUACUCAUGAAGGCUUUGAGGAGUGGAAUACAGGCUAUGAUCGAUUCCAACUAAGUUUUGUCCAUUUUCUCAACGAGCUAUGUAAAUUUUCAGAUCAUUCUCUGAAUAUGUAUACGGAGCUACAGAUUAAAAUCGAAGAAGCUAAGAGACUCUAUGAGCACAAGAUGUCUCAACCAUAAAUCCAUAAUUAUAGUUGUUUGACAGAUGACAGGGGCCAUAUUGUAUACAGAUACAGGUAUAUAUAUUAAACUUUCUUCAAUGAAAAUGGGGUAAAAUUUUAUUGGUUUUGGCAUAUGUACAGGGAUGAAGAAUAAAGAUAUACUCCUGUCUCAAAGGUUCGUAACUCUUUCCGAGUUUAAUAAAAGGAGUUAGUUUGAUUAUAUCUUCCCUACAAAGUCAUGUAGUCUAAGCUUUCUAUCAGCAGAUUCAAUUGUUGUUGUAAGAAAAAUAGCAGAAUGAUGUAUUUGGUUAAAUUUUAUACAUGAAAUGCAAAAGUUAUACAGCAGUAGGUUUAGUAUAAGCAAAAUGGUCAGUAUAGAUCUGUCAUUGGAUUCAUCUUUUACUAUGAAUUUUUGGGUUUGCCGCCCAGUGGCUGAAAAUUAAGUGCAAUGCCCAUAUAUUGCUCUAAAUCCCAGAUGAUGUAUAUCUUCUCUUAUAAUGUAGAAAAUGUGAAUUGUUAAUAAGCAACUAUUUACCGA